CGUCACGGACUCUACAUAAAGCUGUGAUUUCUGGACACUCGUCACAAAUCGCAAUGUUGUUCCUGUUGUGUAGUGUUGUGUUUCUUGGGACAGUCCUUGGUCAGUACCCGGACGGGGAAGUCUGUGUCUCGGGGGGAGGCAUUGAAAUCAGAGUCAAGGAUUUCAGCGGUCUACAAGAGGUGGGGGUUCAUUAUGACGUCAACAAGCCCCUAGCCGGUGCAGGAGGAGCUGACAGUAAUUAUGAGGUUACCAGCAAGCAAGGUUCAUACUGGGUGCACAAGAACCCGAACGUCCAAGUGAAGGUCGGGGACACCGUCAACUACUGGUUGUACUUCAAGGUCAACGGACAAGGUCAUACCAAGACAGACUUGCACGCCACAGUUGGAAGCUCCUGUAGCGGCGGAGGUAACUCGGGCACUCAAACGGGCACAGGCUCACACACAGGCACAGGCACAGGCUCCCACACAGGCACUCAUUCAGGGACAGGAUCUGGUAACCUCGGUAACAUGAAACUCAUCUUCAGUGACGACUUCAGUUCCGGCACCAUCGACAACAGCAAGUGGAAGCACGAGGUGUCCGCGUUCGGUGGAGGACUAGCCUACAUGUCUAACUGUUGUCUUGUUUCGCCAGAACUGGGAGUUCAGAUCUACACGCCAGAUAAGGAGAACAGCUACAUCAAGAACGGCGUCCUCUACUUGAAGCCUACGCUGACGGCAGAUAAGUUUGGCAACGACUUCCUCUACCACGGUGUACUGGACGUCCAGAAACAAUGGGGAACCUGUACUGACUCACGAUGGUACGGCUGCAAACGGGACGCCAAGGAUUCCCUCAUCCCUCCUAUCCUCUCAGCCAAGCUCAUCUCGCUAGUGGACUUCAAGUACGGCCGUAUCGAGAUGGUAGCCAAGUUGCCAGAAGGAGACUGGAUCUGGCCAGCUAUCUGGUUGAUGCCUAAGUCCUUUGUGUAUGGCGGAUGGCCAGCUUCCGGUGAAAUAGACAUGGUGGAAGCAAGAUGUAAGUAACCUUCAUUACAUUACGGAAACAUCGGUAUUCAAAGAAUAAUGUCAACACUACACUGGGGGCCCAAUCCAGGAAGUGACAGCUGGCCAAAGACCACUCAGGGAAAAUUCGCAUCCGGAGGCACCUGGGCUGACGACUUCCACACCUACACCAUGGACUGGGAUGCAAGUGGCAUUGUCAUCUCCGUUGACGGUGACGUCAUCCUGAACCGGCCCACUCCCUCAAACGGAUACUUUUCAUUCGGAGGCUUCAGCGGCAUCAACCCAUGGGCUGGACACGGCAAGGACGCCCCCUUUGACCAGGAGUUCCAUUUCCAAUUCAACGUCGCUGUCGGCGGCACCCUCGGCUACUUCCCCGACAACGUCCAGAACUUCCCCUACCCCAAACCCUGGUGUAACACGUGUCCAACAGCUGGCCAGUCGGACAAAACAUUCUGGGAGGCCAAAGACAAGUGGUACCCGACCUGGAAGGGCGAGAAGGCAGCAAUGGCGGUCAAGUCCGUCAAAAUCUGGAGUUACUAAACAACACAAAUAUUUUAGGUUUGAUAAUCAAGACAACGCUCGUGUGAAUAAAGAGAGACAUA